ACCAAUAAAAACGUCUUGGAUCGAAAACUUGUCACCACCAAGACAAAAUCUCAAGAUAUCAUAAGAGAACAUGGCCAAUAUCAUGGUGAUACACAAAAGAAAUCCAAUUCUGAUCUUUUCAUCUUGGGCUAUGUUACUCCUUGGAAUAACCAUGGCUACGAUGUGGCUAAAUUAUUCAAUGGCAAGAUCGCUGUUAUAUCACCCGUUUGGUUACAGAUCAAGCGCAAAGGAAAUGGUGCGUUCUAUAUGACCGGUGAUCAUGACAUUGAUAAAGGAUGGAUAGCAGAUGUCACACAAAAUUCAACGACACAGAUAUUUCCUAGGAUUCUUUUUGAUGGGUGGACUGUACAACAAUAUUCUAACCUCUUUAAAGACGAAAAAGCAAUGAAAAAACUUGGAAAAUAUAUGGCAACGUUUUUAAAGAAAAAUCAAUUCUCCGGAGGCGUUAUUGAAAUAUGGAGUCAACUCGGUGGUUACUUUAAAAACGAUUUACUAGAUUUGACGAUACAUCUAGCAAAUACUUUCCAUGCUGAAAAUUUAAAAAUCGUUUUGGUUAUUCCUCCGCCUAUCUAUAAAAAUGAUCUUGAUGGCACUUUUCGGAAAAGUGAUUUUGAAGUAUUAGCACCGUAUGUCGAUUAUUUUAGUCUGAUGACGUACGAUUAUUCUUCUCCUCAAAGUCCCGGACCAAAUUCACCAAUUGCUUGGGUAAGAAAAUGUAUCAAACUAUUGGUGCCAGAUGAGGGGCCAUCUAGAUCGAAAAUAUUAACUGGACUAAACUUUUAUGGCAAUGAUUAUUCUACAACUGGAGGUGGACGUAAGUAUAUUGACAUUUUAACUAAGAAUAAGCCUAAAAUAAAAUGGAAUUCAAAAAUUGCUGAACAUAUAAUAGAGUACAAGAAGCACGGUGUCUCUCAUUCCGUCUAUUACCCAUCGCUAAAGUCAAUACAAGCUCGCGUGGAUCUUGCUAAGAAAUUAGGAACUGGUAUUUCAAUUUGGGAAUUGGGCCAAGGAUUAGAUUUUUUCUACGAUUUGUUGUAA